CACAGCCAUGUGGUUAUCGAAAGUUAUGAUAUUAUUUUGAAAUCAUUGCAUGAACCAAAAAGCUAUUUAUCGAAAAGUUUCAUAUAAUAUUAAAAUAAAUAAUAUAUAGUUUAAUGUACCAUUCUUACGUUUCUUUACAAAAUGUCUGACGGUCAAUUCAGUGAUUAUGAAGAAGAUAUUAUAUCAAAGACUGUUAAAUCAGUACGGUUUGCAGAGGAGCCACAAAUUAAGCAAAUAAGUAGUGGAGAUGAUGAACUGGACUCUGAUGAUUAUUUCUAUGAUUCAGAUGAAGAAACAAAUGUGACGAAAAAGAGCGAUCAUUUUAACCAACAGAAUCCUAGUACAAAAGUUAUAUCGUACCAGCCCAGUGAAAAACUUUUCAAAAAAUAUGUCAACAAAAUAAAUGUAGAUAAAUAUGAACCAUUGAAUGAACGCUCUCAAAAAUUCAUGGAACUUAAUGAUCGAAAAUAUGAUAAUGAUAGAGUUAGAAUAAGAGAUAAACAUGACAGAGCCACUGCGGAACAGGUUAUGGAUCCUCGGACAAAAAUGAUUCUAUUUAAGCUCUUAAAUAGAGGAAUUAUUAAUGAAAUUAAUGGAUGUAUUUCUACAGGCAAGGAGGCUAACGUCUACCAUGCAACUUCGAAAGAUGGAAGAGAUUUUGCUGUUAAAAUUUUUAAAACAUCUAUACUAGUGUUUAAAGAUAGAGAUAAGUAUGUAUCGGGAGAAUACCGUUUCAGAAAUGGUUAUUGUAGGUCGAAUCCUCGUAAAAUGGUUAAAACAUGGGCAGAAAAGGAAAUGAGGAAUCUUGUUAGGUUAUAUAAUGCAAAAUUAAAUGUUCCAGAACCAAUAAUUUUAAGAAGUCAUGUAUUAGUCAUGACAUUCAUGGGUGAAAAUGGCUGGCCGUCACCUAAAUUGAAGGAUGUAGAAAUUACACAGUCAACCGCCCGAUCUUUGUACCGGGAAUGCAUUACAAUGAUGUGGAAAAUGUUCAAUAUUUGUAAAUUGGUUCACGCAGACUUAUCAGAAUUCAAUUUACUAUACCAUAAUGGAAAUGUUGUUGUAAUAGACGUGUCACAGUCAGUGGAACACGAUCAUCCCCAUGCGUUUGAAUUUUUGAGAAAAGAUUGCACUAAUAUUUCUGAUUUCUUUAGGAAAAAGGGUGUUGCUACAUUGACUGUGAAGGAAUUGUUUGAUUUUAUAACAGAUGCAUCUAUUAAUGAAAGUAAUUUAGAGGAAUGUCUAGAAAAACUCUCUGAGAAAGUAGCAUCAAGAGAUUUUGAAGAAAUGACGGCUCAAGAGCAAAUCGAAGAAGAGGCCUUUAAGAAUGUUUAUAUUCCAAAAAGAUUAACAGAGGUAAUCAAUUAUGAAAGAGAUAUUACCAAAGCGAAGAAAGGUGACACGGCCGACCUAAUAUACAAGAAAAUAGCCGGCUUCAAUGAAGAUUUCACUGGAACUGUGAACAAACCAGACAUUUUGCAAGACGAUGAAUUGUCUGGGACUGGUUCUGAAUAUAGUUCAGAUGAUGAUGAAGACGAUGAUGCUAAAACGAAAUUCAAAAACAGCGCACGUCCAAGAGACGAGUCACCGAACAGUAAGAAGGCAAGAAAGAAAGCCGUUAAAGAAGAGAAGGCUGAAAAAAGAAAAACUAAAACGAAGAAACAUAUUAAAAAGAAAAGAGACAAAGGUGCUUGUAAGAAAUAACGGAAAUAUUCAAGAAAUUAUUACAAUAGCUCAUAAUUUAACAAAAACAAUGAAUGAUGUCGAGUCUUCUCAACUAUUAGUGUGCAUUGGUUAUUUUUAGUCAUCCUUUAGACACAAGCAAUGAACUCCAUGUUCAAUCUUUUUUUUUAUUUAUUUCACAUAUUAACUAGGCAGACUGGAAAAUGAGGUAUCGAGUAAGUGAUAAUCAUAGACAUUGACAUUGACAUCAUUGGGAACUAAGAUGUCAUGCCCCUCGUGCCUGUAGGAACACUGGCUCGGCAAUCACCCGUCAAACCUGAACACAACAAUACUAAAUAUUGCUAUUUAGCGUAGAAUAUAUAAUGGAAAAGUGGAAAAACCAAGACAGACUUCAAGUAGGACAAAAUCAAGUAGGAUAUUUUUUACUAAUCUUUGGCAAAAUAAAAGGUUAGCAUAAUUCGAAGCCAUUAGAGAAAUAAAAGUCACGGUAAUCGUUUUUAUGUUUAAAAAUUUUAGGUAAAUCGUAUUUGUCACAGAGUAUCAAUGAAAUAACAUAACCCUUAUCAAAAUAAAUAACAUUUUUAUUUUGAAUAUCCUCUGUAAUAAAAUUGCAUUUCACAUUUUGUAAUUGGGACCAAGAUGUACAUAUGUACUCUAUAAUAAUAUAUGUUUAUAUAUAAUUAUUUAAAAUAAUGCCACAAAUUACAUUGUCACUUUUGCGUGUGCGAAGCUCGACGUCAGUUAGCUAAAAAAAAGGAAUACUUAUAAUGUACAAUAAAUAAUAAUUGAGUUGA